UACACAUAUAGCAGUGUAAUACAGAUUGCCUUUCUUGAAUCUGUAUUACUUCUUUCAACAUCAUUACCAUAAUCAUCGUUAUUAAUAGAUAAUUCAAUUGAAAUUAUUAAUACAUUACAUAAUAUUAAUUUUAUGUUUAACGACAUGAAAGUUUAUACAGUUUUAUUAAUAUUUUUUUAUUAUUUGACGUGGACACUCGCUGAUGUAGACAUUGAUUCCUUCAAAACAAUAGAUACAAAUUUAACAUUAUCGGAGUUAUACGAGAGUGCUGUGGAAGCUUAUUUAAGUGAAGAUUGGGAUGAGUGUGUUAAAAGAUUUACUGAAGCUAUACAAGGGUAUAAAAUCUACAAAAAAACGAUAAUAAAAUGUCGACAAAAUUGUGCGAUAGAAGCGGAAGGAUGGGAACCAUUUUAUCCAGAAAAUAUAGAAGAUUUACAUUUUUAUGAAAGAAAAAUACGUCAAACACUUUGUUUAAUGAGAUGUAAUCAAGAUUACAAGGAUAUUGCUAACAAGGAAAAACUUAAACGAUUACCAAUGGAUAUAGAAAGGAAAUUCCUCGAUCACCAUGUUUAUGAAUAUUUGCAUAUAUGUUAUUAUCAGAAAAAUCUUUUCCAAGAUGCAGCUAAUGCAGUUUUCACUUUUUUGGUUAUGCACCCUCACCAUAAUGUCAGUGUUAACACUUUGAGACAUUAUCUCACUUUACCAGGUGUACAUGCUGAUAAUGUUUCUAAUCUGGAGAUGUCACAUUUCUUAAAUUCUUAUGUUACUGGUAUGUCAGAAUAUGAGAAGGAAAAUUAUAAGGAAUCAAUUAAAUUGUUUGAACAAUCUUUGAGAGAUUAUUUCAACUUAGAAAAUGAAUGUAGAAUCUAUUGUGAAGGACCUUUCGAUCAAGGAUGGCAUCCUGAAUUUACAUCUUUAAUAGCAAAUCAUUUUACUUAUUCUUUGAAAUGUAAACGUAGUUGUUCACGUUUACUUAAUUAUGUGAAUGGAGAACAUCGUGAUGACUUAUUGAGAAGUCAUUACAAUUAUUUACAAUUUGCUUAUUACAAACUAGGAAAUUUGGCUGCAGCAUCAAAAGCAGUUGAAAGUUAUUUAUUAUUUGAUCCAGUUGAUGAAACAAUGUUGAAUAAUAAAAAAUAUUAUCUUGGAUUACCAAAAACAAGAAUGGAAUAUUUCGUACCACGUGAUGAAGCACUUGCUUAUGUGAAGAGACAAGAAUAUGAACGAAGAAUUUUGCGUUAUAUUUCUGAGGAAUUUAUGCUACUACAUGAAGAAUUGAAACAAUCAUUUAAUAAGACGAAUAAAAAUAAAGAAAAUCAAGUUCAUUAAAUCUUCAUCAAAAAUAACACUUUUAAAAUCCUAAAUGUUAUUCAUCUGUGGUCUGUAUUAUACAAGCAUGUCUAUGUAUGCAUUAUGUGUCAUAUAUUUUAUAUAAAUAUGUAUAAUAAAAAAA